AGGGGUAGCGUGAUGAGAAAAUGAAUGCCAAAGCUUGAAAACAUAGACACGUCAUUAUGGAAACUAAAAAAAUCAUAACGUUGGGACUUCUGUUCCUGCUGAUGAUAAUCCUCUAUUUCAAGUGGAAUUCAACUGAUAAUCAUUUACUUGGUUCAGAUCCAAUUUAUCACUUUGAUAGUAGUUUCUUUCCAGAUGAUUUUAUCUGGGGAACAGCCACAUCUGCUUAUCAGACUGAAGGUGCAGCUGAUAAAUAUGGUAGAAAGCCCAGUAUAUGGGAUACAUUUACUCAUGAGUUUCCAGAACGGAUCUCCGAUGGCAGCAAUGGAGAUGUUGCAGUUGAUUUUUACCAUCACUACCAAGAGGACAUCAGGAAAAUGAGUAGGAGAUUGGGUAUGAAUGCCUUCAGAUUUUCCAUUUCUUGGUCACGAAUAAUACCUACUGGGCGUAGAAGUGAAGGAGUAAAUGAGGAAGGAAUAGAUUUUUACAACAGGGUGAUCAAUGAAACUAUACAAAAUGGCAUGAAGCCUUUCGUGACAAUGUUUCAUUGGGAUGUUCCUCAAUCCCUUGAAGACGAGUAUGAUGGCUUUUUAAGCCCUAAAAUAGUAUCCGAUUUUAAAGAUUUUGCGGAGCUUUGUUUCGAACGAUUUGGAGACCGAGUUAAAGACUGGAUCACUUUAAAUGAACCAUUUAUUUUUAGUACACAUGGGUAUGACUCGGGUGAUUUAGCCCCGGGUCGAUGUUCAGCUUGGGUGAAUCAUGCAUGCGUUGAGGGAAACUCAGCAACUGAACCGUAUUUAGUUGGCCAUCAUUUGCUCCUUGCUCAUGCUAAAGCGGUUGAAUCAUACAGAAAACUAGGUCAAGAUGGCAAAAUUGGAAUAACACUAGAUGUAACUUGGCCUGAAUCUUACUCCAAUAGUGCUGUUGAUCGUGAAGCAGCCCAAAGAAACCUUGAUUUUUCGUUGGGUUGGUUUAUGGAGCCUUUGUAUUAUGGCGAAUAUCCGAAAAUAAUGAAGAAGCUCGUAAAUAUUCCAGAACGACCACCUCGGUUGCCCGAUUUCACUAAGGAAGAAUCUCAAUUGGUGAAAGGGUCGUAUGAUUUUAUAGGCUUAAAUUACUAUACUGCAAAUUAUGCGUCUGCCAAUGUUACUGUUGACCCCGAUCCUAGACAUAUUAGAUUUGCAACCGAUAGUCUUGUUAAUCUCACAAAGUAUAAAAAUGGAAAACCCAUUGGUGUGCAGGCUUCUCCAGAUUGGUUGUAUGAAUAUCCACAAGGCCUCCAAUAUGUUUUGAACUAUACUAAAAACGCAUACAAUGAUCCUAUAAUUUAUAUUACUGAAAACGGUGUGGGUGAUAACAAAGAUUACAGUCCUGAGGAAGCUCUCAUGGAUAGGUGGAGGAUAAGAUAUAUCAAUCACCAUCUCGGGAAUGUACAUAGAGCUAUUUGUGACAACAAAGUUAAUGUAAAAGGCUAUUUUGCAUGGUCGUUCAUAGACAAUUUCGAGUGGUCAAAUGGUUAUACUAUAAGAAUGGGUUUAUACGCUGUUCGCGACAAACAUAGUCUAGGAAGGCGCCAAAAGCUCUCGGUUGCUUGGUUUCAACGAUUUCUAAAAAAUAAAGCGUCUGGCGGCGGGCCAAAAUGCGGUCUACUUGAAUUAAAAUCCGAGUCUUUCUCUGCGGACGAGCUAUAAAAUAUGCACUUGAAAUGAACUCGAAUUAGUUACUAUUCGGGCACCACUUGCAAAAUUGUUGAACUGUGUUUGUUGUUAAAUUUGAAUGAACUGUUUUUCUUGUUCCCUUUCUUUUGAUGCAUUAGUUUGAAUUUUACAUUGUGGGCCAUAUUAAAUUAAAGUUGUAUUACAGUCUGAUCGCUUCAGAAUUAGGUC